UAGAGUAUAUAGUAGAUUAAGGAGGAGAAAAAUAAAGAGACUUUGUGUUGAGGUUUUGUACGUUCUUAGGACAGUUGCUCUCGAAUCAUCACUGGAAAAGUACAAAGCGAUAGUUAGGUCAAUGAUACAUGGCAGUGGUACCUGUAAGCUCGAGCAAACUCUUUCAUUUUAAUCUAUAACUUCAAUCAAAAUGCCCGAGCAAAAUUCAAGUGAUCAAUAUUCGACAUGGGUUGGUCUUAUAUACGUUUUUAACUUAAUUGUCGGAACAGGAGCUUUAACAUUACCCGCUGUUUUUAGUCAGGCAGGAUGGGCUCUUGGAUUAAGUGUUAUUUUAAUACUAGCAUUUAUAAGUUUUAUCACUGUUACAUUUGUGAUCGAGGUAAUGGCAUCUGCCAAUGCUAUAGUAGCAUGGCGACACAUUCAACAUCGAAAACGUGUAUGUCUUUCUCAAGAUUCAUCUAUCAACGAGUCAGAGUCUGAGGUACUUCAAACAUUAGGUGAAUCCGGUCCUUCAAAUUCAGAUUCUGAAGAUACACCUCUUGUUACACCAUUUUCAAGUAGUCCUGAUUGUGCGGACAUGACAUACCGAUAUUAUGUAAUACGUGAUAAAAUAGAAAUGGGGCAAAUGGCAUCAAUUUUUUUUAAUAAAUUUGGUACAACAUUAUUCUAUUUAUGUUUUGCUAUAUAUCUUUAUGGAGAUUUAAGUAUAUAUGGAGCAGCUGUUGCAAAAACCUUAGCUGACGUUGUUUGUACUUAUCAACCAGCAAAUUUUACAUGCAAUUCUACAAUACCAGAUACUGAACCGUGUUGGGAAGGGUUUGCUCUGGAUCGGGCAGAUGCAUAUGGAGUGUUCCUUACUAUAUUUAUAUUAUUGCUGGGUCCUUUUGUAUUCUUUAAUAUUCAAAAGACUAAAUAUCUUCAACUCUUAACUUCAGGAAUGCGAUGGCUUGCAUUCACUAUCAUGAUUGUAUAUGCUUUAAAAAAUUUAAUCAUUCAUGGUGCGCAAGGAGAUCCUCCAGCUGCGAAUAUCAUGGGUAUACCUAGUUUAUUUGGUGCUUGCAUUUAUUCAUUUAUGUGUCACCAUUCUUUACCUGCAUUGAUCGCUCCAAUCGCAAAUAAGUCUACUUUGACCCGAUCUUUGGCAUUGGACUAUUUAUUAAUAGCAUCUUUUUAUCUCCUACUGGCAUUAACUGGAGCAUUCGCUUUCGAACAUUUGGACGAUCUUUACACUUUAGAUUUUAGCCCCCGCGGAUCUGGAGACUGUUCCAAAAGUAACAAUAUUUUUAUUAUUCUUAUAGAAUAUUUUUUGUCGCUUUUUCCAGUAUUUACUUUAAGUACAAGCUUUCCUAUCAUAGCCAUCACCCUUAGGAAUAAUCUACAAUCAUUGUUCCUCAGCGAUGAUACGUCUCAUUUGUGUCUUCGUAAAAUUGUCUUCCCAAUAUUAGCAAUACUGCCUCCGUAUAUGAUUGCUAUGAGUAUCAAAGACUUAUCGAUAUUAGUGGGAAUUACGGGAUCAUAUGCUGGAGCAGGAAUUCAAUAUUUGAUUCCAACGUUUUUGGUAUAUUAUGCCAGACAAAAGACAAAUAGACUUAUAGGUCUUGGUGUCGUCAAUAAAUUUGCAAGCCCAUUUUCUAGUAAUUGUUGGCUAAUUUUUGUUAUAAUUUGGGCCAUUGCUUGCAUGAUUUUAGUAUCCGUCAAUUUUAUACAAAUUCAUUUCUAUUCUAUAAGCAUACCUUUAGGAUAAAAAUCUUAUGAAGUACUAAAUCGAGGAUUUAAAGAAGAGGGAGGAGUUACAUAAUGGUGCGUACUUGAAUUGUUUUGUCUUUUGGAUCUGCGAAAUCUAGAGCAUAUCUAAAGUAAUAUCAGUGGAUUUGAUAUUGGUCAUUUCCUACAUGUAAAAGGAAAAUUGUGAUACUAGUGAUUUUAAUGUUUACAUUAAAAUCAUUCUUAAAAUACAUGGAACUUUUAACAGCAAUUCAAAUGAUAAGUUACCAAUGAGAAGAAAAAGUACCUUUAAAAUAUUAGUAAAUAUUUAUUAUUUAAAAUGUGUUAUAGAAUAAUUGUUGUAAGAUAGAACAACUGAGCAAUUGUCCUUGAUAAUAAGAUACCUUCAUUCAACUGUUCACACUUUGGCAUCAUUAUUAGAAUAUUAUCUUUUCCAUCAUAUAAGAGAGAAUAUGGUAUUAAUAGUGAUAAUAAUACUAAUUAUGAUAAUAAGAAUACAUCAUGACACAAUGUGUCAUAGUAAACUGACAAUACACUGGCAUAAGUCAGGAUUAAUCACGUACAAGCCGAAUGUAUACAUUUAAUUUAUGUUGUAAACUUUUAUAUAAUAUCUUUUGUAUAUUUUUAUUCAAUAGAGAAUAUGCCACUCUUAA